UGGCGCGAGGUACAAAUGUGGCGCGGAAAUUCACGAAUUGAAGUUUUCGGAAAAUGAGUAAGAAAUCUGAAGAGGAAGCGUCUCAAGCGGUGCUGGCGUAUCUCACCAAACAGAAUAGACCAUAUAGCGCAGUUGAUAUUUUCUCGAAUCUGCACAAAGAGUAUGGAAAAACGGCAGUGCAGAAAAGUCUAGAAAAACUUGCCUGUGAAGGCAUUAUCACUGAAAAGAUCAAUGGGAAGCAGAAGGCAUAUGCACCUAAACAGGACCAGUUUGGAGACUACGAUGAGAAUGAGAUCAAGAAAAUUGACACACAAAUCAGUACCUGCACAGAAAAGUUGAAGAAGUUACAGGAGACUUUAAAAACUCAAGAGUCAGAACUGCGCAAUGUGAACAGCACACUUACAACUAAAGAUGCAAAGGCCAGACUAUCGGAGCUGACCCAAAAGUGUGACAAAUACCAGGAGAGACUCAAGAAUAUUAAGUCUGCAACAAAGCAUGUUACUCCAGAGGAAAAAGAUAAGAUCUAUAAGGAACACAAGCAAUGUGUCCAGAUGUGGAAAAAGAGGAAACGAUUGGCAACUGACAUUUUAAAUGGAAUUUUGGAAGGCUAUCCCAAAUCCAAGAAACAGCUUAUUGAGGACAUUGGUAUUGAAACAGAUGAAGAAUAUGGUGCAGUAAUCCCAGGCUGUUGAGGCAUUUUCUGUUCUUAUUAAUAUACUUUAUAUUCAGAUGGCAGUCUGUGUCAAAGUGAUGAAUAUAUUUAGCCAGUGUGUAUUUUCUUCUGAUGCUUUUCCUCACAUAGUCGCUGAUUAUAUAAAUCAUUUUGGGCAGGAUAUUAUCAAAUGGAAUCUAGCAUCAUCAAGGAUAUGGUGCAGCAGUAACAGUUUAUUUUAAAAAAGAAAACAAAAAGAACAGAAAUCUUGACACAAUGCUCCUUUAUAAAUACCUUUUAAUUAUCAAUAGGUCAUUGUGAUCAUUGUUAAUAAAGUGUUGAUAACUACA